CGACAUUGGUUUAGUAGCCACAUCUAAAAAUAAAUGUGAUCAAAUCUCAAAUCAAAACAUUGAGGAGUGAAAUAAAAAUAAUCUAUUUAAUGACAUUUUAUGAAUAAUCAGCGGUACGUAAUUAUGAAUUACCGAUUUUCUAAUUGUGGUUGUUUCGAAUAAAAUGGUUAGCCUAUCUAGAAGUUUUAACACAAAUUCAGGCGGUGCUACAUUUUUUAGCGAAUCCGUAAAUAUGGAUGACAGGCAGCAUCUGCAACCUAUUUUGGAUUCAUAUGGAAUUUUUAAACCUCUUAAAACUAUUCCACACUUUACUUUCCAGUUGGUUUUUACUUUUGUUCUAGAUAUUAUAGCUAUUGUUUACGCUGUUAUCCAUCCGGAUCAAAAGAAUAGAUGUAAAGAGUAUUUUGUGAUAAUUUACCUACAUAUAGCGCUGUGGUUUCUAACUUUAAUAGUUGAUCAAAUAACUAAAUGUCACCACCAUGCAUUAAGACUUAAUGGGUAUUUAGAGUUUUACCAAAAAACUAAGUUACACAUCAGCCUACCCUUUUAUAUAGUCAGUUUGUGGAGUGUGGCAUUAAUGUUCGUACAGACUUUGAUGCAACAUUUUUACCCAGAUGAUUUUGCAGAAAAGUGCAUCAAAGGUGGAGCUUUAUCACCUGUAUCUUAUCUUUGCGCUCUUAUAACGCUUGAAUUUUGCUUAUUAGCUGGUGUAAAUAUCAAUUAUAUAAUGAAAGUUUGGAAUUUUAAUAAACAAAAAUCUCCACCAGAUGUUCAGAGAGAAGAAUGGACGAAUACAACUUCACCAGAAACUUUAACACAAAGUGAGGUUGGUUAUAGACAAAUUGGGGAUAAGGUUUAUGAUUUAUUGGAAAAGCAGGCUGAUUUAAUUAGGUUUCUUAAGGAACACAAUGCCAGAUUGGGAGAAAAAACGAUGAUACUGAGUGCUCAGUUACAGCAAGCCAGAGCUCAAAGAAAUAAUUGAUUAUAAGUUAUUCCCUUGUGAUUUUGUACAGAUUAUAUCAUGAAAAUUAAUUAUCAUUUUUCAAUAACUCAUUGACUAAUUUAAUACUUAAUUGCCAUUUAUGUUACCAAGUUAUUGAAAAUAUUAUAUUUGACAUUGCCAUUGACAUUUUAAUUCGCUGUUAAUUUAUAUUAUAUCUACUUACUCAUUAUUUUAAAAAUGUUGAUUUAAAUUCUGGGUAUCCUACAUCAUUUUAUAUAAGAUGGCAACUUUACAUUGGUAGUUUUUAAAACCAUUUCCAGGAUAUAGGGAAGGGUCAAAAAUGUGUGGGACACCCUGUAAUUGUCGACUGGGAUGACCAAUUAGACUAAUAGAUAAAAUGAUACCCUGAUAAUAAUUUAACAAACUUAAUGUAUAUUUAUUUGACUUUUUUUGUAAUUUAACCUUAUUUUGUAUAUCAGGUAGCUGAAAUCUGUGUAUAAUUGAAAAAUUUAGAUCUGUAAAAUAUUUAAAUAUGUACUAUAAUUAUGAAGUUAACC